GGCCGCUGCCCUCACCCAAGAUGGCGGCCGGGGCUCAGGCGGGCGGGCCGGUCACCUGUUGAGGUAGAGGCAGCGCGGCGCCUCAUUGGCUCCGACUGCCCCAGUCCGCAGUGCCUGCGCGGCGGGGAAAGGGUUAACGCCGGGGCCGGGGGCGGAGGCGGCGCCGUCAACCGAGGAGGAGCCCGCAGCGCCGCCCGGCUGGGCCGGGACAGGGGCCCCGCAACCGCCCCAUGGAGAGCGAGGGCGCCGGCUGCAGCCGCUUGCCCGGCGCGGCGGGUGGGAGGGGCCCGGCAGGCAGCGAGCGGGAGCCGCACCAGCCCGGGGAGGAGGCGCCGCCGGAGGCCGAGUCGGACUGGAGCUUCAUCGACUGCGAGAUGGAGGCGGUGGCGCUGCGGGACCUGCCCACCGCCACCAUCGCCUGCAACCUGGACCCGCGCCUCUUCCAGGACACCCUGUGCCGGGCCAAAUUUGAAUCUCUCUUUAGAACAUAUGACAAAGAUAUCACCUUUCAGUAUUUUAAGAGCUUCAAAAGAGUACGAAUAAACUUCAGCAACCCUUUAUCAGCCGCAGAUGCUAGAAUCCAGUUACAUAAGACAGAAUUUCUUGGAAAGGAAAUAAAACUGUAUUUUGCUCAGACUUUGCACAUUGGAAGCUCGCAUUUGGCUCCACCAAAACCAGACAAACAGUUUUUGAUUUCACCUCCAGCCUCUCCUCCUGUUGGUUGGAAACAAGUAGAAGAUGCUACGCCAGUCAUUAACUAUGACCUUCUCUAUGCUAUCUCCAAGCUAGGGCCAGGAGAAAAGUAUGAACUCCAUGCUGCAACUGACACUACUCCCAGUGUUGUUGUCCACGUAUGUGAGAGUGACCAGGAAAAUGAAGUGGAGGAGGAAGAGGAAGGCAUGAAGAAACCCAAACCAAAAAUUAUUCAGACAAGAAGGCCGGAGUAUACUCCUACUCAUUUAAGUUGAAGUGGUUCUAACUUUCAAGGGUUUCAAGUAGACGUAUACAAGAAAAAUGCUUACUAUGGAAGUGUCAGGUCACAGGUUUGGUGGCAGUGGCUGCAGCAAUAGUAGGAGAAAUUCCAAUGUAAUUUAACUCAGAAAAACACUGGAAGUUUCCUCAUUGUUUUUAAUGCUGCACAUUGGUUAAUAUGUAUAUGAAAAUAAACUUCCAGAUCAGAGUUAGGUGAUCAGAAAAAGGCAUUUUGAGAAACCUUCCUUGAUAAGGAAUCCUAGGCUGCUUCAUUAUAAAACAGAUGGGGAAAGCUUUCUUUGUUCUAUCUCACAUGAUACACCUCUAAUUCAUAGGCUAGACAUAUGUGAAGUACAUGUGAUACUGAGAUGGUUUAAGGAUAUGGGAAUUGUAAACAUUUUUCUUAGGUUGUUUUGUGCAUGUUGUUUACUGAUGUUCAAAAAUAACUUUGCAUUAUUUUCUAUAUAGUUUCUCACUUCACGCUUUUUGAAAUCUGGGAAGUUGUCUUCAAUGCUUAUCUCUCAGCAUCCUGGGUGUCUUACUGUAUGUAUGUUUUAUUGGUACCCAGUUUCCAGUGGACAUACAAUUUAUGUAGCACCUUAUUUUGGUGCAAUAUAAUUUGUGCUUUUAAAAUUUUAAUCUGUUAUUAAAUGCUUAUGUGGGAUUUUGUCUAGCAAAGUUAUGGAAAAAGCUGUGCAAUAGGAAAAUUGUUCAAGUAAGUGUAUUUUAAGUUAUUUAAACUUUAAGUUAUACGUUUUUAAGUAAUGCUGGUUCAAUUAUUUUGAUUUUCUCCUUUUGAAAAACAAAAUUCUUAAACAUGUAAAUAAAGCUAGUACUGUAUAUUCACAGCAGUGUACAGUUUUCAGUGAGAAGUAUGGCAAAGGAAGAAAACCUGAGCUGUAUUACUUUUUACAUUAACUUGUACAUUGUAGCUGGUGCAGUUACACAUUUUAACAGUGAUUCAACACACAUGAUGUGAAAUAGAUGACAGAUGUGUGGUAUGUUUAAGUGGGAUGGAGUGCCUUUUCCCCAUUAAUUUGUGAUGGGAUUGUUAUACUAGUUGAACACUUGUAUUUUUUCUAAUGGCUAUGUCCGUCCAAUAUGUAUUCUCUUUUGGCUUUGUUUCCAAAACAGGCUGGUAUUUAGAAAUGCUUAGUACCAAGUAAUAAUGCAUGCUUUAUCAGUUCAGGUGAUGGCUUGCUGUGGGAACAGAUAAGCUUUCAUUCUGUUUGGUUUGAGUACUGUUUUAAGGACAGUGACGAACGAUGUACAAGUUUUCUGUCAUGUUUACAUAACAAACAAAUACAUGCUGUACCAGUUCAAGUGUUUCCAAGAAUCUGCUUUUAAAAUGGAGAUUCUGACUUUGAAAUAUUUUAAUACUUUUUUAAAAUAUACUAAUAUAUUGACAAAAUAUACUGUUGGGGGAGGACAUGUUUCUCUUUUAGAAGGAGAGGUAUUUUGGGGGUUCAGACAUGUUUUUAGAAAUAAAGACCCUGAUCCUCUUUUUGAAGUCAGUGGGAACUUUGCCAUUAGCUUCAUUAGUAGUAAGACUAGGCUUGGGAUCAGCAUUGUAGCUGUUGUUGCAUUAAAAUGAAAUGCGUUAUGAUGUGCCAUUUGUAGUUAAUGUUGACUUGGAAGCCCAACAUAAUACACUUUUGGGUAGAAAUAGACAAAUAUUAUAAAGAAUACAAUACUGUAUGUACCGAUGAAUUUGUACAAUCAUUCCAACUGAUAAUACAGUAUAGACUCCACACCACUAAAAGCCUACCAUUGUGCUGACCAAGACACACAAUGUUAUUGUGACCAAAGAGAACAGAAACCUGUUAAACCUCAGUAAUCGUCUGGAGUUGUAGGGCCCUAUUCUGAUGAAUUAGAUUUACAGUAAGCAUGCAUGCACACAGACUGAUGCUGAGUUUUGGUUCCUAUCUGUGACAGAGAGAGAGAGAGAUGCUCUCCCUGUGUAUGUUAUGUUGUUUGAUACCAAGUUUGCAGGUGUAGAAUGUCACCCAGCAUAGCUUUAGGUCAGGCUGUGUUUUACUGCUGAUUUCAUACAGUAUAUAAAUUCAGGGGCACAUGAGCUACUUUUCUGUUACUGAAGUGUAAACAUCAGACUGCAAUGCAUAACAUUCUUUGUUCUUUUUAUUUUUAAGUGCAGGAUACAAUGACCAAACUUAGAGAAACAUCGAAGCACACAAAUGUCUCUAGUAUAGCUUUCUAAGGCUUCCCAUGUAGCCAAAGACACUGCUGCUAAAUUUGAUGCAGAUGUUUUAUAUUUGCCCUUCAUUCAGCACAAAACCUUUGGCCUAAUUUCUGUAGCAUUCUCCUCCAUCUCCUCUUCUGCUGCCAUCAUAGACCCUGAACACUAGGUGCUGUUACUGUUGCUUCUAUGGGACUGCCAAGAUGCAUCAAUUAUCUUCAAUAGAAAAGAGAAUGUAAAACAAACAGUGACAUGAUUUGGAAUGUUGGUACACAUUGAGACAUUCUGCAUGAUGGAGGUUGAAGGUAGUCAUUCAGAUUCAGAACUAUGAAUGAUUUGGGCUGGCUGCAGUUUCUGCCACUCUCAACUGUAUUUGUGAACAUGGAUUACUGGACGGUAACUGCCCAUCUUGCUGUCCGCCCCCAGUUUGUGUAUCUUGGCCUAUGUCUGUUCUCUUAGCACCAAUGUGGUGUAUGGAUCACUCUGUUUCUGUAUGAAAAUAACAGCUGUUCUGUUAAGACAAACUGGUAUUUUAUAAGAUUGUAUAGUAUGGGACAUAUUUAAAUUAAAAUAUUUGGAUUGUCUACUUAUAAAUGUCGUGUUGUUUAUGCAUGAAACAAUAGUUAAAGAUUUUGGUGUAAAAAUGCUUAAACUUCAAGCAUCCAAAAAUAUACUUAUGUUAGGAUAAGGACUUUGUCCCCGCUUACUUGGUAGGCUCACAUCCUUGCCAACCAAAUUUAAUAUUAAUUAUGGGGGGGUGGGAGAAUCCAGUUUGAUAGUCUUUUACAACAUUGUUUAAUCUCUUUAAAAAUAUUUUUCAUAGUGUCAGUAGUUUCAUAUACGUAGCCAGCAAGCCUAGUCAUUACAAAACAUUACCAGGCAUGCAAAAUACAUUAAAGGGCCACCUCUUAACCCAGGGUAAGAAUUCUUUUAUUCUAAAAUAAGUGUGGAGAAAGGAGUUUUUGAUGUCAAUGUUAGUCUUUUACAUUUCCUUCUGCAUAGAAACUCUGUGAUGUAUCAGUAUCUUACAAUUGGCAUUAUUUACAUUUAUUGUGUGUAGCAACAUUCUGCCUCUAAUACAGACAAGCAAUUCUCCAAUUGAAUUCAAUGGAAGCCACUUACACAUCAGAGGGAAUAAUUUGGCUCUUGAUAAGACAGUACAACUAAGACUACAGGAUUAAUUGGACCAGUGUGCUUUAAGCACACCUCCUUAAAUUCGUUCACUUUUUAGAAACAAAUACAUGGAAGUUGCUGUGUCUGGCUAGUUCCACUCUGUUUUGCUUAUUGACUUUUUUUUUAAUAAGAGUCUCACCCACUCUCAUGAAACUCCAGAAAAAUGAAAAUGAUAUUCUGCCAUUCAAGAAAUCACAUGCAUAUAAGAAUGGUUACCAAUGUGUGUUCAUUCUUAUGAAAUUGGUACAGAUGGGCUGUGUACAGUGCCAUAAGUGUUAACAGAAUAUGGCCCUUACUCAUAGUCAAGACAAGUCCAAAAAUGCAUAGGGCAAAAAUUAUUUUUAAGCAGGCUAUUAUUUCUAGCCAUCAAGAAUUACUUAACUAUUUUGGGUUCUAAUUCUUCAGGCUGGCAUUGUCAAAGAAGCCUGAAGAAGUAAGGUGCCUAACUACCAAUGAAUUUCUCAUGUCCUUUAAAAAAUCCCAGCUACUGUACUUGCCUGCAUAGUUAAACUAUAUUCUGCAUUGUGCUAGAAGGAAUGUCGUAGCAAAACAAGUUCUGUUAAAGUUGAAGCUCUCUACCUAUAAUUUGUUUGUAUUCCAGUUGCACCUAGGAGCCCCAAAUAAUCAAAAUAAUAAAGUAAUAGGUAGAAUCCUACUUUAUUCAUGCAGAACUGAGUAUCUAAAUAUUCGGUUUUGGGGCUUAUGUUUCAUCUUCCCAUUUUUACUAUAAUCUUAUAUUAGCUCCAGUGCUCCAAAAUUGUUGAUAAUCAUUUUUAAAUGAUCACAUAAAUUAUAUUUAGUAUAAUUCAUGUAAUUGUUUGUAAAAAUGCGAGUCACUGACCCAUAUUAACACUGAAAAUAAAAUACAGAAUGUUGUAUAUCAUGCGAAUGGGUAGCGGAGCCAGAAGGAUGUUUUGCAUCAUCCAGUCUAAUCACCUGUAUUUUGCGGGAUGUUUUACUUAAAAACCCAGUCCUGCAAUCUCUAUACUCAUAAAACUCCCCUUGCUUGAACAAUGACUACAGCAUUGGGGCCUACGUCAUUUACUUGUCCCCUCUAAUCGGUAUCUAAGUAUCUAAAAUAAUGGAGCCCUACCACCUCUGUUGGUCUAACUACCCGGCUGUUAAUGUCCCCAUGCUUAUCUCCAUUGGUUGGUAGUGGGGGGACCAGGAAGCAGCUAUUUUCCAUAGAAUGCUUUCCCUGCGGCUCUCUGGAGAUGCUCCAGCAGACCGAGGCUCCAUGAAGUUUAGGAGACACUCCCCUUGUCACUUUUUAAGGCCUGAAGCACCUCUCUUCCCCCACAAAAGACAUGAUAGCUCGAUAUCCAUGGCUUCAAAACCAUAUUUUGAUGAUCUAGCACUUCCUCUUUUGAGUUUGUAUAUAGGCAGAAUAGCAUGGAGGAGCAGUAGACAUUUUUUAUAUCUAUAUAUAUUUAUAAACUCUUCAGUCCUUCAUCCCAUUGCUUUUUUGUGCUAACAAAUUCUGACCCCGUGAAUAAUUAUAUUCUUUAACUUUUCCGGUUACUUUGAAGAUAUUUGUCACUUGCCCUUCUGUCUACUUUUCUAACCUAUAAAAAUAUAGGUCCCUAAUUUGUUCCUUAUGUUUUAUCCUUCAGUCUUUCUGCCAUAUAGUUGGCUGUUCCUUGUAUUUUCUUUUUCUCCCAAAAUGGUGGCACCCUCUGCAUGCAGUCUACCACGUCCGGUUGCAACAGGGCUAUUACUACUUUUGGUAUUACACUAAGUUCUCCCUGCAAACACACACACAUGCCGCCGUCUUCUUUUUUCAUUUUGCAACAGCAAUGUACGAUUUGUCCAUUUGCCGCCUGUCGCCUCUGGAUUUCUGUCAAACGGGUGACUUUUCCAGAUGUACAGCCUUUUGAUCCUUUCUUCUCACUAGCUGCGUAACUUUACACUUCUUAGGAAUGAACAUGAUCUUGUUGAACACAAUCCACACUCUUCUUGUUUGUCCAAAAUUCAAGGGAUAGUAAUCUACAACUUCGGACCUUGAUAAUCAUACACCUUCCUAUAUCAUAUAUUAAUGUAUUAAAUGGUAUGGGUCGCAUGCCUGGAGCUUUAACUGUCAAUGAGCACUCUUUAUAACGGCUAAUUUUCAGACACAUGCUAAUAUAGUGGUAUCAAACUUAUUCAGUGGUUCUAUACUGAAUGUCUUGUUGCAAAUUUAACAUGCUCCAUCCAGCCUUCCCUUUAACUUUAUUUUUUAGUUGGAAGGAUGUUUCAGAGGUAAGGCACUAGCACUGGACUUUAUAUCUGGGUUCAAGUUCCUACUCUGCCAGAGACUUUUGCAUGAUCUUGGUCAAGUCAUAGUCUCUUGGUGGUAGUUCCUUGCCUCCAUAGGGGUAUUUUGAGGAUAAUACAUGAAAGAAUGCAUCCGAUGAAGUGAGCUGUAGCUCACAAAAGCUUAUGCUCAAAUAAAUUGGUUAGUCUCUAAGGUGCCACAAGUCCUCCUUUUCUUUUUGCAGAUACAGACUAACACGGCUGUUACUCUGAAACCUGAAAAAAUGAGGCGCUCAGAUACAAUGGAAAUGGGGCAACAUAUGUACCUUACAAAUUAGCAGUCACUAAGGCCACUAGAUUUUUCACAUGCUUUUUCUAAUAAACCUCUUUUUUAUAUAGUCUUAAACAUCUCUUCCAAUUUCCCCCCCUGUAAUAAUACACAUGAAUAUUCUGCUUGGAACAGAUGUUAUGUUCAUUGGCAGAAAUUUCCUGCCAAAGUCUCCCUAAGUCUGAGCUGCUCUAACUUCUCAUCUUAACUUGGGUAGACCAAACACUUUCAAUCCUGCCCUUCACAGGAGGAGUCUGUCCCACUCGGACCAAUUCGUUUUCUACCUUUGCCCAUUUCAGACUUACAGGUAGGCGUUCUGCUUUCAAAACGUGGUGGUUGUGAAAUAGAGGCUGUGUUCAACCUGCAUGGCUGGGAUGUUUCCCGUGGUGACAGGGCUCACUUACCCUUUCUACCACCAGGGCAGUUGCUCUUCACCACUCUGCAAGCAGGGGCUGGCGACAGCAGGUAUGUUGGUUAAUAUGGGCCACAGUAUAGACCUACAUAGCUGCAGCAGAAGCCAUCAUUACAAUUUUAUCCCAGUCCAUGUGCAGUUCCUCAGUUGGGCCUUUAAAGGUCAACACUUGGGGAGUAAACCCGUAAUAUCUUACGCAUCCUAGUGCUUCCUCUCAUGUUUGCCUCAUUCACCUGUUGAUCAGCAGGUGUCUUAAGUUGUGCAACCUGAGCUCUUCCCUCUUAUUGAAUCCCUGCUACUAGGAAGAAGAGAGAAGCUGCUUCAGCACAUGAGGGCGGGCUGAGAGUUACCAUAGCACUUGGUCUACAGUCAUUGGGUGAGGUACCAUGGGCUUUCUUCCUGAGACAGGGCUCUCCAUUUCCCGGCUAUCACCCAUUGUUCCAUUCCCCUCCUGCUUCUUUAAGCCUUCUGGCUCCCAACAGCUCCCAAAGAUGCUAAAUAGUUUGGGAAAACCAGGUCAUCUUCCUAGUUGCUGAUCUAUCUUUAUUUAUUUAUUUUUGGUCCUGUGAUACAGCACUGGACACAUUCACCCUGUCAUCCCUGCUUCCCAUCAGACAAUUGACAAUAAGACAUUUCCUUGAGACGACAGGCCGGGAAGCUGAACUUUCAGUCCGAGGAAAAGCCUUUCUUAAGGUAAAUGAAUGUACAGGAAGCCCAAAGCACAGGCAUUAGUUUUAUUUGUAAUUCCUUGGUAGCCCCCCUCCUCUGUUCCCUUUUCUUUUUUCAGUCUGAGUUCUUGGAAAUACCACAGCAGGCAGGGAAUCUCUAAAUAGGAGUGCUUUAGACCAGGCACCCUGGCUGUGGUAUUCAGCACCCCUCCACUGGUAAUUAAAUAUUCAGAUUCUUCAUUAUUUCCAGGGCUCUGUUUCAUAGCACAUCAGACAAGCUUCAGUUUAAGGUGCAGUCAGUGAAUGGGGUUCACUGAAACAUUGUGGAACUUCUGAAUAUAUAUUCUGGAACAUUUUCUAGUCUAGGUAUAGAUCUAUCUCGCCACAGUAUCUGAGAUGCCUUCGUUCACUUCUCUCUGACCGAUGGAAAUCAAACUUCCACCCUAUUAGCCAAGUGUCUGGAGUUUUUUCUGUGGUUGGUUCAAGCUCUUGACAAUGCUGCGAAGGAAGGACCUCUACUCUAGGAGUAAUUCAGGAAGAGCCCAAGGAGUACCUGAUCUGGAGUCACUCAAUGUAAUGUUUUUUUUAUGGACUGUAGAAAAUAUAGCUAUUACACUCAGGUAUAUAUACCUGUGCUGGAACCUCCAUUUAGUUCUAUGUAUGCUAUGUCCUCUGCGCUUUUGAACCUCUUCACUCUGUGCCCUUGUUUUGAUGGGCAAAUAGUUGCCAUUUAGUGGCCAUCACUAAAGCUUGGGGAUGGGGGAGGGUCCAAUCCUCAAAUCACCUCUUCUGACUCUAGUGAUAUUUUUCUUAAGAUUAUUUUGAGAAGUUCCAAGAUUUCCUCUGCUAGUUCUCUUAAAACUCUUGGGUUCAUCUUUCAAGCCUGACUGAAGUUUAAAUAGAUUUUAAUUUUUGCCUAAUACUUUUCACUAUCCAUCUAUUACAUUUAAUAAUUUUCCUCACAAGACUCUCAGAUCUCCUUAAUGUUGUUGAUUUUUAAUUCAGAAAACUGAUCAGAAUAGCUAUUUUUGGCGAUCUUGCCUUUCCAGUAUUUUCUAGUGGUUGUGACCUCUGGAUUCACAAAAAUAGCUAAUGAAACCUUGAACUUCCACUGAAGUAAGAUUUGGUGUUGGAAAAUCUAAUGAAAAACAGGGACCCAGCUUGAUAGACAACCUGACCAUUUCUAGAUGUAUUUUUAUCCAUGCUCUUUGAUUGAAAAAGAUUUAAAAAAAAAAAAACUGUUCCCAUGAAAAUAAGUGUAGCUUAGGCUUUUUAUACUCUGUUUUGUGCAGUAGUGUAUAAACUGCAAUUUACAGAAUUAUUUCAGAUUUUCACUUUAAUCCAUAUCAGGUUAGAUUUUUGAACUGUCAAAAUCUUUGAAAAGUUAGAGGUAUCCAAACUUGGAACAUAGAUUUCAAGCCAACCAUCACUGUAAUAAUCUGUUUCAUGUGGGCCAAAAUAAAAUGGGGGGGGGGGGAACUAGAGGUUUUACAAAGAGUUCUUACUGGCUGUGCAGGUCAAUCUCUCUAUCUGAUAUGUCAGACAAAAGCUCCCAACCCAUUUUGGAAAGCAAAAUUUAAAUGGUUCUGCUGCCAACCCAAAGCAGUCUAAAGAGAAACUGAAAAUAUUUUCUUUUUCAUGCUUCAUUUUAAAGAUCUACAAAAUCUAAUGGCUUUUAUUAUUGAAUGCUUUCUAGCUUUUUCCUAGUUUAUUUACAAUGAAAACUGUCCCAAAAACAUGCUGUUUGGGCCAAAAAUGUUUUAAAAGUACACCCUGAUUUUGCAUGUUGCUCUAAGCAUACCUCUACAUCUGCCUGUGUAGAAAAGUUCCAGGAUCAGGCCUCAAGUAUAAAUAAAAUAAUUUAGUCCCGCUGCCUAUAGUUAUAAAGUAAUAGUAUAUGUAGGUGCCCAGUAGGUGGAGCUAAGUAUCCAGCAAUAUCAAACUGCUUACCAUUUAGCCAAAAUAAAGGCCCAAACCUGCAAGCUGCUGAUCACCUUUCAACUCACAAUAGAAAGACCGCUGUAGAAGAGAGAGAUGUGGCCAUCACAGAGCCUCUCUUCCUUUUGAAUAUGGCUGAUUAAAAUAUAAACUGUAUAAUGGGCUUUUAGUUAAUACCAUGUAAUGAUAUUCCCUUUUUAGUGAUGAAAAUUCUAAACUUAUAAUGUACAAAUUGCAAUUGCCAUCUUAGGCCCCAGCCCUGGGAGCACUUAAGCACUCUGUGACUUCACAUGUGAAACCAUUCUCCCCUGAGUAGUCCCAUUGAACGGAUGAGGGCCUAAAGUAAGGACUUCCACUCAUAAGUGGAACCAGGGUGCAGGAAACUCAGUGGGAGUUAGGUCAGGGAACAGAAUUCACAUCUUCAAUCUAUGGACAAGCCACAGGGCUGCAACACAGUCCCUUGGCUACAUCUACUCACAGACUAGAGUUUUUGCACAACUGUGCUAUUUCUGCAGUCUCUAACAUACGGCGCUUAAGUGGUACAGGGCAGAACAUCUUGUGUAAGUCCUCAACACUUGGGUGAAAUUCACCUGUAGUGUGAGGUGGUUCUUGUGGGGGUUAAUGGGUGACAAAAGCAGUACAUGAAGGUUAUAUGGUACAUGUGAAAAGCAAGGUAUACCAAGACUUGCAUGCAUUAUAAGCUGAUAUACAGUAGUAACUAAUGCUUCUACUUUUUAAAAAGUCUUUGUAUUGCAAAUUUUCAGACUACUAUUAUUCUAAACCCCAGAUCUGAGGGCUAUUUCAGAGCACAUAUAACCCAAAAACUAAGCUACAUAUAAAAAAGGGGGAAUUAUAUGUUAGAAGAGAAAAACUUAAAACAAGCAUGCUGUUUGUGGUGCAGUAACAUUAGCAAUCUAGCCCUGAGCAUGAACUUCAGUAUGGUUUCUAAUAGUUGUGUUGCCUCUGACCAGUUGUAUUGUGCAUAUAUAUACAAAAGUCAUGAAAAUCUAUAUGCGAUAGAGACUUUUUGUUCAAAAAUAUCAUAGUUUAGAUAUUCCAAUUCUGGAAUUAUCACAACUGUUUACAAAAACAGGAGUCUGGAUGUUGGAUUUUUAAUCUGCUUUUUAAAACCUUUCAGCUGUCUAAAAUGAUUUUUUUAGUAUGGUUAAUUCACUUGUAAAUGAAUGUGUAGAAAACUGAUAAUGAGAAAAAAUACAUAUAUUUAUUUUGCAAAUUAAGAUAUAAUCCUGUCCUACAUGAACACUUUUUAGAUUAUUAGAAAUGUCUGAUAUUAAUUCAUGCCCUUUUAAAUAAUAACUUAAUGUUGCAAGAUUAGAAGCAGUAUGGAAUGUAAAUAUAUUAAAAAGUUAGGCCCUGGUUCAGCCAAAAGGAUUUCAUAACGGGAGUGAACAAUGGAAGCAACUUCAAAAAAUGCAGCAUUUAAUGUCUAGAUACCAUUGUGGAUUUUGCAGCAGUAUCCAACGUUGAAGUCAAUGGAAGUUUUUCAGUGGGUGCUGGCUUGGGCCUGUAAUGGGGAUAUUUAAGCAAUUUAUUUAUUUUAUUUAAGGUAUUGACGCCACUGGGGCUAUUCACAGAGAAAAGUACUACUCGGCAUGAGUAAGAGAGCAAUCUAGCCCUGAGACUGAACUUAUUCUCGAUUUGUUAAGAGGCACAUUUGAUAAAUAAACCUAUCUUAUCCUUAUGUAGGGCUUGAUCCCGGAAGGUGCGGAGCACUUUGGCCUGAACCAGCAAAGUACUUAAGCACUUGCUUAACUUUGAAGUCAGUGGGGAAAUAUUAAUGUGUUUAGCUGUAUCAGGUCAGAGCGUUCGAUACCUUAUAGGAUUGAGCCCAUACUGAGCUAUGAUGUCAUAAUAUUCCUGAAAAACAAAAUGAAUAAAUUGCAUCUGGAAUUAUUGGGCAGUUAGCAGACAAAUAGUGUAUAACAAGUCCAUUAUGGACAAUGGCUUUGUGUGCCUAUUUAUGUUCUCUAAGAAUUUACAUAUCCUUCAAUGUAUUAGAUCUUCUCCAUUACCUACAUGUAAUUUAUUUGUCAUGCUAGGAUGCACUUGAAAAAGUUGUUCCUAAUCAUUGAUAUUGCAGAAAUGAACAGCCAGUGAAUGGUUGCCUUUAAACUAAAAGCUUUAUGAAAAUAUUCUUCAGCCAAGUACCUUUUAAAAAAACAACAAAAGAAAAACUGAGAACCCAUGUCAAUUAGCACCUACUGUAUGUAUAGUUUCAGGGCAAGACCAUAUAUAAAAGGAAUAAAAUGUUUUGUUGCAAAAUGGAAUUGUAAUGCAUUCCUUGUCAUUUUGAUAUUGAGAAGGUCAGCGCUAUUUUAAAAAUGUUACAAUGUAAAAUAUUCCGGUUGAAAGAAUAUUGGCUAUUUUGUGCUGAAGAAUGAUUAGGGAGAAAAAACUAUUUUUGUAAAUAGAAAUUUUGCUGUGGGAAAACUGGUGCCUCUCUUGCCUGUAAUUGUUUUAUCCAUUCAGCAUAAAGUGGCUGGUUUUGAAA